AUGAAGAACCCAUUACUAGAGAACUUCAAGAACUCUUCUCCAAAUACUGUUAAUAACAUUAUUAUAGAGCUGGAAUGUGGCCUUGGUCUAGAUCUGGAUCUUAGUUUAAGGUCUGAAAAACAACCAGUUUCCACCAUCCUUGGGGGGAUUAGUAUUGGUAAGAGGUCUGGUAUGUUCCGUGUUUUGGGUCUUAAGGGGCCUAGUCUUAGUCUGGGUCUUUGGGGGCCAGGCAUUGGUUUGAUUCUCGGUCUUGGGAGAUCUAGAUUUGAUCUAGGUUUUAAGAGGUAUAGUAAAGAACUGGUUCUUUGUCUUAGGGGUUCUAGUCUUGGUAUGGGUCUUAAGGGGUCUAGCAUUGGUCUGGUUCUCGGUCAUGGGGGAUCUAGUUUUGGUCUAGGUUUUAAGAGGUAUAGUAAAGAACUGGUACUUUGUCUUAGGGGUUCUAGUCUUGGUAUGGAACUGGUUCUGUGUCUUAGGGGUUCUAGUCUUGGUAUGGGUCUUCAGGUGUCUGGCAUUGGUCUGGUUCUUGGUCUUGGGGGAUCUAGUCUUGGUCUUGGUUUUAAGAGGUCUGGUAUUGGUCUGGUUCUGGGUCUCAGGGGUUCUAGUUGUGGUCUGGGUCUUAAGGGGUCUGGUAUUGGUCUGGUUCCAGUUCUUAAGGGUUUUUGUCUUGGUCUGGAUACUCAGGGGGUCAGGUACUCUUUUGGUUCUGAGUCUUGAUCUGG